AGUCUCGCGAUAUUUGCGUUCAGCAGCCGGCGCGAAUCUGUACGUGUUUCUGGCGGGCGGUGUUUUGUCUCCUUGUUGCCGACUGCUCUCAGGUUCCCGGAACCUCCGGGCCCAGCAGCAUGACGUCUGCUUUGGAGAACUACAUCAACCGAACUGUUGCUGUUAUUACUUCUGAUGGCAGAAUGAUUGUGGGAACACUGAAAGGUUUUGACCAGACCAUUAACUUGAUUUUGGAUGAAAGCCAUGAGCGGGUGUUCAGCUCUUCACAGGGAGUAGAACAAGUGGUGUUGGGGCUAUACAUUGUGAGAGGCGAUAAUGUAGCAGUCAUUGGGGAGAUAGAUGAAGAGACAGAUUCUGCACUUGACUUGGGGAACAUCCGAGCAGAACCUCUGAACUCCGUAGCACAUUGAAAACUAUUGUGUAGUGAGAUGGCUGUAAAUCCUGUACAGAAGCGUCUUAUUCUGAGAAUGAUGUUUAGGUUUUUUUUAUGAGUGUGUAAUUGUGGAUUUUGACCUCAUGUUGGUACACUGUAAUAUGUAAUUUAAAUAUUUCUACAUUUUUAUUGGGAACGAUUGCCUAAAUUAAUAAAUGUGGUUGCCUGGUUUAUUUUUCUACCAAGUGAUACAAAAAUCUAAGGGUCAUUUUGAAAACUUAGAAAAUACCAUUACUUUUGGUAAUUUAAUAUUUAUGGGAAAUUGGCUGUAAAGAGAACUUAGGCUAUUAUGUAACUUAUACAUGCAAAUAAUAGUAAUAAAAGACAUUUCUUUUUGUGGUUUUCUUUCUUUUUAGAAAAUUACCAGAUAGUAAAUUGCCCUUUACAGCUAACUGUGUCAUAGACUUCAUGCCAAUGUACUACAAUUCUCCAGUAGUGAAAAAAUUGAUCCUUAGGUCUAGAAUAGAUGAAUAAAAAUUUUGGUUGAGUAAUAAAAAACUUGCAAACUUAAAUUGCAACAGUGCUUAACUUUUAGACAGCCUUUUUCUAUAAUCAAUACCUUUAGAUCAUUCUCAAAAUUUAAAGCUAACAAUGUGAGAAUACGUAAGGAUUAAAAAGAUUUAAUUUCAGUAUAGGAUAACCAUGUGAACAUUCCUCCUCACUCUGAAAGAACUGGUUAAGUGUAUAAGGAUGUAACCCUUUAUAAUAGUGUGUGCAUAUUCUUGCCUAGUAGUCAAAAGUUAAAAACAGUUUUCCAUUUGCAGUAUGGUGUAUUGUGGGCCUUUGCCUUCUGGAUUUACUAGCAUUUAUUUGAGUGCACAUUGUUUUACAGUUGCAAUGCUGGAUGCUUCCAGUAGUGAUCUUAUAUAUGGGGACAUCGGAGCUCCAACUUAUCUAGGGUUUCUAGACAAGAGUAGUCCCCCAAAUUGGCUUCAUUAAAACUGCCCGAGGCACUGUAAAAAAAAAAAAAAAACAGAGAGAGCUCUGUUCAUUGGUCUUGGUUUAUUGCAUCUGUAAUGGAACAAAUGGGAAUAAUUCUUAAAACGAACCAGGCACUUGGUUACCUGAGUCUUUAAAAUUUCAUUUUAUUUAUAUGAGGCAUUCUUACGGUUUUAGAGCAGUGUAUUUUGUCUAAAUUAAGUCUUGGGCAAAUAAGAUAAAAUUGCAUUGUGUUUCCAUGUGAGAGUAGAAGGAAGUGUUGGCAAGAAACUAGUUCCACCCAGUUUUACACAGAUGUAUUCAGUGUUCUUUUCUGACCAGCUGAGCAUUCAUUUAAUAGUGAAAUACCUCAUUCUGCUCAACAGAGCUGUUCUUACAUUUGGCAAGUGCUGUUGUAAUUGUUAUUUCUCCUUGUAGUGGGAGCCCUGUAAGGGCUUAGAUGCUAUUUGUGACACUGCCUCCCAGUGACCAUUCCUUUUUUUAAGCCUCAGUGUACUUAAAUAGAUAUUGGAGUGUUGUCAGGGACACUCGUCAAGCUGAUAAUAAGUGCUGAAAGCUGCUUCUAAGCCAGGGACAAAAUAAAUACGUUGAUACGCACCACUUUUGUGGUACCUCCAAGUUGUCUUGAUGCAAAGAUUUAAAAUGUCCACCAAACUGUUUUCAUGUCAGGAUAUAAUGUAUGAGGCUGCAUUCAUUUAAAGCUACUACAAUCAUCUUUUUAAAUAGAUAUAAUUUAGUUUGAACCUUUUUUUUUUUUCAUUUCUGUUAUUCAGUAUGAUUGCUGUCUGUAGGUUGCAUAAUGGUAAGGAUGAGGGUAAAAUAGAACUCACCAGCUGCGUUCUUGUACAUUAGCUAACUAACCAUCUGCUACCAACCAGCAGCAUUUGGGAGAUGGAGGAGUUGAGAAUUCAAGGAUGUGAGUUGUCUUCAAGACAUCUUCCAAAGAUGGAAAGGUUUCACAUUAAACAUUUUAAAACUCUAGCAUUUUAGGUCUUUUUGUAUUGUGUUUAUUUUUUAUAUAUUUAAAUUUUUCUUUUGUUAAUUGUUACCUUUUGUAGCAUAGAUAAAGAUUUGCUAGGAAAAAUUUUCAGUCUAUUGUCCUACUUCAGUAUUCUUUAUAUGAUACAACUCUGUUCUCAUUAGGGUAGUAGUAAAUUAAACAUUCUGUUUAUUUUUUGUUUUAUUUCUUUCAGAAAAGACACUAAUAGCAUGCCUUGUGUAAACAAAAAGCCCUCUCUCAAGUGGUUCUUACCCCCCUUUUAUUAAACAGAUUUUUUU